UAAAUUUUUUUUAGCAACAAGACCAUUUACCUGGCCGUUACGCUCUUGACCUCUCCCAUACCCCAUACCCCAAAUUCAGUCGCUUCAACUUUACGGUGUCUUCUCAAAGGUUGAAUCUCUUGUCGAUCUCUUCUUUCGGCUGUGCUGUUCCAUUGCUACUUACUGAGUUUUGAUUGUUGGCCCCGUGCCAAUGGAAGAAGAGAAGAAGAAGAGGAAGAACAAGAAAAAGAAGAAUAAACAAACCAAAGUAAUAGAAAAUAAUGCCGUCGGUGUAGAAGAAUCCGCUUCCUCCAAUCAGAACCAUCCUGCUGAAAUACGUGGUUCUGAAGCACAUACUGAUGAUACUUCGGGGAUAGAUGACGAUUCUAAUAGACAUGACACUGAGGGUGCCAAAGUCUCAUCUUUAGCGGAGAACGAGAAACACCGUAGGAUGGAUUCAGAGGCUAUCUUCGAGGAGAAACUUAAACAGUUCUCAUGGGAAAAAGAUGCCAGUUUACUGAAGGAGUCUAACUUGAACGAGAGGAUUAAACAACUUCAGAAUGAAAAUAACAGUCAUCUGCAUAAAGAGGCUAGUUUUGAGAUGAAAAUCAUGCAAUUGCAAGAUCAAAUUAGUAGUCUCAGGAGGCAAGAGGCUAACCAAGAAGAAAAGAUAAGACAAUUGCAUAUGGAGAAGGAUCUUUACUUGCAGAAAGAGGCUGAGUUUGAGAUGAAGAAUUCUCAGUUACAAAGUGAAAAGAAUUCCUGGCUUCUAAAGGAGGGUGGCUUAGAGAAAAGAAAUAAUGAGUUGGUGGAGGAAGUGGAGAAGUUGAAUUCAAAGAGGCAUGAAUAUCAGGUCAAUUUGGAAAAAAAAGUAAAAGAGAUGGAGAAGGAAACAGAAAACAGGGUCCAGAAGGAGGUUAGCUUGGAGGAAAGAAUCAGUGUGUUGGUGGAUGAAGUGGAAAAUUCAAAUACAACGAGGGUGAGCUUGGAGGAGGAAGUAAAAGAGACGGAGAAGGAAAGAGAGAACUGGGUCCAAAAGGAGAAAUCAUUCAGAGAAAUAAUUUCCAGCCUAAGUGGUGAUAAUGCACUUUUAGAGACGCAGGUGAAGGAGUUCGAAGAGUUGAGGACCAAUAUAUUACAAGAAAAUCAGUUACUGAAAGCAAAUAUACAAGUACUGCAGACACAAGUCUAUAAUCUCGAGAAGAGUGCCGGACCACCUUGUUUACCAACUGGACAUGAAAUGAAUACUCCUGAAAAUGGGGAUCUGAAUUCUGAAGUAGUUGCUACCCAAGCAUUGGUGGACAAACUGAUUGAUGAAAAUGUGGAGCUUGUUGAGAAGGUGAAAAAUUUAUAUGUGGAGCUGGAACGAAGAGAUCCACCAAUGGAGAUAUCUUCAUAUUUAGGUUCUGAUGUAAUUACCACAAGCUCUGAGGCAGCUCGCACUGCCAAUGAAUCAGCCCUUGGGUCACACAAGAUGCCUGGAGCCGUUCACAAGCAUGAAGUUGAUCAUACUACAGAGCCAAAAUCUCAACCCAGUGAAGCACUAUUGCAGUCAAGUGAAAGGCUGCAAUCUCUGAAAGACACCAUUGACAAAACUGUGAGUGAUGAUGAGCAUGGGAGUAAGAUAGAUAGCAGAAUUGUUGUAAAUUCAUCAGAAAUCGAGUCUGAUGAAAUCGUGCAGAUUCCUUUAGAUGAAAAUGAAGUUCAGUCAGCAGAUUUAGAAGUCACAAGUGUGGAUCAGGAUCAGUAUGAGGAGGAGGUUCCCCUCACCAAUGCACCAUUAAUUGGUGCUCCAUUCCGUUUGAUAUCCUUUUUUGCUAGAUACGUGAGUGGUGCUGAUUUGGUUAAUAAGAACUCGGCAACCUCAAACCAAUAACCUACUAACAGCCUGCAGCUGUGAGAAGUUAGAUUUUAUACAGCAAAAAGGAGUAUGACACCAAAGAUUAAACAUAGUCACAUCUCAAGUUGAAGGAUAUACUUAUUAUAGUACAAGGCUGGAUGCUGCCCCUUUUUUUGUACUAAUUUUAUUUUUAUAGGGGUAUUAGUUGUAAAAGAUACAAAUAUUGAUUUGGGCCAUUCUUACACCUGCCUGAAAAUUUGGUGACGUAAGAACAAAUGUUAUGCUAGAGAUGAGAGUUGGAUAUUUUGUGUUUCUUUAAACUUCAUUUGGAUAUUUUGGACUA